AUGAUCUCCCAAGUCUCGACUGACCUUCUACCAACAGAAGACGAUCCUAUAAUCGGCUUCCAAAAGAAAGAUCUGAUCGGCCUCGACAUGCCACAUAACGAUGCCCUUGUCAUCAGCAUACAAAUCGCUCAGGCCAUGGUCGACCGAAUCCAUGCAGACGAGGGCAGCGCAGCCAAUAUCUUGCAACUGGCUGUCAUCCAGCAGAUGGGCUUGGAGGCAAAGAUCAACAAAUCAGCCAGAUCGCUGACCGGCUUCAAUGGCGCAACAACGGUUACCGUGGGCACAAUAGACCUUGACGUCUACUCCCCACCUGUAGUCUGCUUGCAAACGUUCAUGGUCAUUCUGGGCAGGCCAUGGAUCGGCAUGAUCAACGCCAUCACCUCUGCCACACAUCAGAAAAUUCGGUACCCAAUCCCUGGGGGCGGUGUUGGACAAAUCAACAGCGAUCAGGCAAUGGCGAGGAAAUGCUCCGCCCAAGGGCUGAAGAAAAGCAAGCAAGCGCAGUUCCUCCCAGUAAGCCAGGCAGAUCUGAAGGAGGUGGAACAAUCGAACCUUGCUAUCUUAUAG